AUGUCCGACUCGCCUGGUUAUACUUCUCCUCGCCAUUUUCAGCGUACAUCGCGCCCUUCAGUCUCGACUGGUUCACCUCGUCCAUCCGUUAGUUCGCCGUUGGUAAGGGCCCACUGGCCCUGGACUACCUAUGUCCAACAGAGGCCAACCUCGGCAAUGUCCAGUCCAGCUUCUACCACCGCCGCACAUUGGGAGCCGGCUGCUUCAACUUCUGUAUCGUCUCAUUCGUGGCAAUCCAUCACUCCUACAAGUAGACCAACGCUUCAGCCGGCAAUGCAAGUCACUCCCGUCCAAGAAGCUCAUGGCAUCCGACAAUGGUCGUUUUCGGCUUUUGAGUGGACAGUCCCCAAUGUGAGGGACCUCAAGAAAUUUGUCGAGAGCCAGCAGGUUGUCUCCACAACAUCGUCCCUGCACAGUGAGGACAGUCAGACUAGUCACAGUAAUGGCAUACCCGCGAUUUUGCGUGAAACUCCUAUGGUGGGCGACGGCAAAUUCAAACUAGAAAUCAGUCGUGUUGCUCCUUCCGAUGAAACGAAUCCCUCCCUCAGUGUUACCCCUGAUUCCAACGAAGAUGUGCCCCCCGCUUCCAUCAUCAUACCAGGCAAUUCCGAAUUGACCACGGCCACCACGCUUUCUCUAUGUUUGACUUCUCUUCAACUGGAUUUUCUACCCGACUGCGAGAUUGCAACUACUGUGAUGGCCGGCAUCAAGGCCGAUGCCAACUUUUCUGGUCAGCGAGGUGCUAGAACAGAAUGGGUAUGGGAGACUUGGGAGGACUUUGUGUUUAGGAAAGGGAGCGAGUUCUGGGAUGAAGAUACCGGAGACGUUCAGUUCGUCUGCCUCGAGCGUUUCGACCCCUCGAUUCAUUCAGGACCCGAGGUCAAUGCCGACCCACAGCAAAAUUCACCUUCUUCAAACUCACCUUCCCCUAGUGCGAGGAAACGUGUGAUCUAUGCCCAUUCUGAUAUCCUAGUCCGUCGAUCCGAAUACUUUGCGGCUCUCAUCACCUCUUCGUUCCGGGAGAGUGCCGCCAAUCCAAAUUUGCAUGAUCGAGAAUUAGGUCGGACUAUGCAUACAAUUGUAGUAGAAGAGGCCGACUUUGUGACGAUUUAUUGGCUGCUCAAGUACCUCUACUGCGACUGGCUGCUAUUCCGAGAAGAUGACGAUCCAAGGGCUGCAGUUGACGGCAUGGGAGCUGGUUGGAAUGCUCGUUGGCUUUCACAAGGCAAUGAAUGGGAGUGGAAAACUUUCUCGACGGAGACAGGUCAAUUUGAGGACCUCAAGGACAGGGAGGAUGACUCUACGGCUAAAAGUGUGGCAUCUGAGAGUGUGAGCGGCGGAAGUAUCGUCAGUGAUGUAUCUAGAGGGAAUAAGAUUGUAGGCCUAGCCCCCUCAGCUCCGUCCAACAGGACCCCGUCCAGGAGCGGAAACAGCAGUAUCUCUUCUACAACCCUCCGCCCAUCAAAUCAGGCGAAUGCCUCAAUCUCACGACGUCCCGGAAAGUUGGUGACCUCUAAUACUAUCCCUAGCACCUCGGCAGCCAGUUCUGUGC